GUCAGUGUUAAGGAAACGUACAUGCUUAAGAGAUCAUCCCUAAAUUUUAUUAUUUGUAUAAAAGAAAAUUUUAUUAUGUUUUGAAACUAAAUUAUUAUUUGGAAAUUUUUGAUGAACACAUACAAAUUGGAAUUAUUACUAAUAAAAGGUAAUAAUUGACAGCAAUGAAGGAUGGUUUUUUGGAAGUUAAUUCAUAAGGAAAACCGGCGUUGAGUGGUGUAAAUUUAGUGCCGGUGUUGUUUUAUGAUGAUCAUCGUGUGUGUGUGUGUGUGGCUUUCUUCCAUAUCUGUUCCCAUUUUAAUAUUCUCUUUCGUUCCCACUUGUUUCAUGUCCUCUGCGAUCAGUCCCUUUCUCUCUCUGUCUCUCUCAUUAUUCCCUUCACUAUAUAUUUGAUUCUCUCACAUACAAUUCAUUACUUGUCAAUUGAGGAUUCAAUUUCAAUUUCUGGGUAUCUCUUAAUUUUCCUCAAUUGUUUUCUUGAUAUCCUCUCCUCUAUUUUAAAGUUUUAAAGGGAUUUGUUGUCUUUGGUUUCUUGAUGGUUUGAGGAGAUGGGUGUUUUCGUUGACCCGUCAAGAGGUUAAAAUUUUAUUGAAAUUCGUGGUGCUGUUGGUGGCAAAAAGAAAAAGGAGAGAGAAAACAUGAGGGAUUUUGCUGGGGCUCCAGGGACUUUGACUGGACUUGCUUUGAGGCUUUCGCAGUGUGUUUUCGCAGCUGGCUCCAUUGCUGCCAUGACCACCACCACUAACUUCUUCAAUUCCACUUCUUUCUGCUACCUCAUUGCUUCGAUGGGUUUGCAAAUCAUCUGGAGCUUUGGACUAACACUAUUGGAUGCAUAUGCCUUGGUGAGAAAGAAGACCCUCCACAACACUGUCUUGCUCAGCCUUUUUGUCGUUGGAGACUGGGUGACCGCAAUAUUGUCUCUUGCAGCCGCUUCAGCUUCAGCAGGCAUCACAGUGCUCUACUUUCAUGACUUGGGGAGUUGUGGUUUUGUGAGGGAAUGCCAGAAAUACCAAAUGUCAGUUGCCUUAGCCUUUUUUAGCUGGAUAACAACUGCAAUUUCAUCUCUAAUCAUGCUUUGGCUAUUCGCUGCAGCCAGGAAAUGCCGAUUUCGACGUCGGAACACUGAGCAGCUAAACUCUUCGCAAUAUGCAAGACAAGACAACCAGGCAAGACGUACAGUGGUUUAAUAUUUAUGCAGAGAUGGGAACCCAUUCCAGCGGACUCAUCAUCAGUCAUCACUAAACAUACUAUUCCCAAAAUUUUCAGAAUGGUGACACAAAUAAAUCGCUCUCUCUAAAAGUUUGUGGUGUUGAGUGGCAUAACAAGGACAGCUGCGUUGUGCCAUUCAUGGAUGGCAUACUUUUUUAUCAUAAUAUAAAUAUCAUACCAACUCAUGCACGUAUAAAUACAAUAAAUUUUGCGGGACA